UCCUCCAACCCCAACAACGUAUUUCCGGAUCUCUUAGUAUUUACAGCCUGGCCGGACUAUUUCCACGUCCUUGUUAGCUUGGCCCUCAUACAUGUGAGGAUCGAUAUCCUCGGCCCUGUCUCCUCUUUUUUCCGAAAACAUAUUGUGUCGUCUAGCCUUUCAGUUCCUGGACUGUCUCCCCCCUCGUCUACCUCUUGCCGCACCUCCUCAAACGUAGAUACUUGAGGAAUUUCCAAUUGAUAAACUUCUGCAGCAAUGGAUCCCCUUAACGUGUUGAUGGUCGGUACGGGCGAGUACACCACCGGCUUUGUCGGAGGUGGUGCCUCUGGAUCGGACAAAAAAGUUGGUGUAGUCGGAUUGUCAAUGUUCGACCUCAGACGACGAGGGAAGGUCGGACAACUGGGCAUGGUCGGUGUGAACGGCACCAAGUUCCCCGCAAUCCGGGAACACCUCCACCAGAACAUCUCGCUUGCUUACAACAAGCUGGACACUUCGUUCGAUUCCUACCCUGCCGACGAUGUGAAGGAUCCGGAUUCGUACAAGACCGCCAUCGACUCCCUCAAAGCGGGCGAUGCCAUUACCAUCUUCACCCCUGACACCACACACUACCCCAUCGCACUGUAUGCCAUCGAACGUGGAAUCCAUGUCAUGAUCACCAAGCCUGCCGUCAAGGUCCUCGAGGACCAUGUGAAACUGCUCGAGGCGGCUAAGAAAAAUAACGUCUAUGUUUAUAUCGAGCAUCACAAGCGCUUUGACCCCGCGUAUUCAGACGCCCGCUUCAAGGCACAGAAGCUGGGUGAUUUCAACUAUUUCUACAGCUACAUGUCACAGCCAAAAUCCCAGCUUGAGACGUUCAAGGCUUGGGCGGGCGUUGAUUCCGACAUCUCCUACUACCUAAACAGCCACCACAUCGACAUCUGCGACUCGAUGGUGUCGCAGCUGGGAUAUGUUCCCUUCAAGGUCUCCGCGUCGGCGUCGAAAGGCGUGGCCACCAGCCUGGGCUGCAACGAGGCCACGGAAGACACAAUCUCCCUCCUGGUCCAGUGGCGGCACAAGGACGACGCGAGCAAGCGUGCCACGGGCGUCUACACGGCUUCCUGGACGGCGCCGCAGAGGGCCGGCGUCCACUCGAACCAGUACUUCCACUACCUGGCCAAGAACGGCGAGAUCCGGAUCGACCAGGCGAAGCGCGGCUACGACGUGGCCGACGACUCAGUCGGCCAGCUGGUGUGGUACAACCCCUUCUACAUGCGCUACGCGCCCGACGAGGACGGCAACUUCAACGGCCAGACCGGCUACGGCUACAUCUCCAUGGAGAAGUUCGUCGACGGCUGCCGCGCCGUCAACUCGGGCACCCUCAAGCCCGAGGACCUCGACGCAAAGGGCCUGCCGACGCUGCGCAACACCAUCGCCACGACGGCCAUCCUGGAGGCCGGCCGGAGGAGCAUCGACGAGAACCGUGAGGUCGGGAUCGAGCAGGUUGACGGGACGUGGAAGUUGGUGUAAAAGGACAGAAGUCGCGCCGACGCCCUAGGACCCCUUUUUGAUUGGUGCUGGUUUAGGGGUAUCUAUCCUUCGGAUUAGACUAAGAUGUACUUCUAAAU